AUGCCUCCAGAAGGUGCAGUGCAAGCGAAGCGUCGAUACUCAUCCAACGCAUGCAUGACAUGUAGAAGAGCCAAAAUCAGAUGUGACAAUAAGAAACCUAGGUGUUCUAACUGCGUCUACCGUGAUGUCGAUUGCUUCCUUGGCGAAGACCGUCGAAAACCUGCGUCCGUCAUCAGCAAGAAUCUCAAGAACAAUGGAGCCAACCUCGAAGAUAUUCCCACGAGCAACUCUUUGAUCAUGUCGCCGCAUGGCACCAAAGCCCCGGGAACAAACAACUGGCCAAUGGUGGGUCCAGCGCCUCCAGAGUUGGGAAGGGUCGCUUGUUCGACGCAGUCGCCUGUAAGAGAGAAGAUAUUCAAUCCCUUCAACUCUCUACCACAAGAUGAACAACGCACGAGGUCGCAAUUUGCAGACGCCGGGGUUGACUAUUGGAUCGAAAUCGCCGGACAGGAAGGCUUCGCUGAAGCGAGCGAUGAGCUCGAUCUGCUGGAUCUCAACACUACCGAUACUGCCCAUCUCUUUGGGCUUCCCAAUGUUGAUCUGCCGAAGGAAGCUCGCGGUGAAUUCGGACAGGACAACCCCGACUACACGGCUGUCAGUACAACGUAUGAUAUCGACCCAUUGUUCAGCAACGAGCCUGAGGCAUUCUCUGUAUCAAAUGACUCUGACCGAGCUAAUGCCCCCGAAAAGAGUGCAAGUGAAGCAGAAAGCUGCCAGGUUCGGGUAGACGAGCCCACAGAGCAAUUGGCCAGUAGACUAGGUUGUCUGCGCAUCGCCGAGGACGGCCAUUUGAGAUAUUACGGUGCUACGAGCAACCUUCAUCUCAUCCGAAACGGCUUCCAGCAUUGUUUUCAGCCCUCUAUCCGCACAAUUCGCACUCACGGUCAGGAUGCCCUUGAACGCGCUGGUCUACACUGGUCACCGGACACUCACUACGAAAACCAUCUCACAACGUUAUUCUUCACCUGGCACAACACAUUCCUCGGUGUUGUGGAUGAGGCUGCUUAUUACCACCAUCGCAAAUUAUAUCGCUCUGGCAGCACCACCAUAUACUUUUCUCCAACGCUGGAGAAUGCAAUACUUGGAAUUGGUGCCGCGUAUGCUACUCGUAAGCACCAAGCGAUCAAAGACGACCCUGCAGAAUUCUUUGCCCACCGGGCGAAGGUGCUCUUGGACAUCGAGAUGGACAGCCCGAGUGUGGCAACGAUUCAAGCACUGGUGACUUUGUCGGCCCACGAAGCGGCCUAUGCAAGGGACUCCAGAGGAUGGCUCUGCGCAGGAAUGGCGGUGCAACUACUUUCGGAUUUGGGAUUGCAUCUGGAGCUCGACCAGGCACGCUUCUUGGAUCGUGACACUCCAGACACUACAAAUUUACGUCGAACGGUCUUCUGGGCUACACAAGGAUUGGAUAUCUUGUGGAGCGCCUACAGCGGCAGACCCUCGUCGAUCCGAUACGAUGAUCAGAAAAUACCAUUUCCUGCACCGUUCAACUCAGAAACAUGGCGACCGUACGUGGAUGAGGGUGACUCGACACAAAUCCCCUCUGGCCUUGAUGUGACCAUAAUCGGUCAUACCCACGUUUACAUGGCACAGUUGACAACCAAGAUCCGCAAGAUAUCAAGGUUUUUAUAUACUGGGCCACAAGUUGCAAUGACCGAAGCAAAGACUUUUGCCAGAAACAUGAUGCGAGACCUACGACACUGGCAGAAUUCUCUGCCCGCCGCGAUGCAAGUGUGUCUGGAUUCCGAUGAUGACGCCGAAAUGCCCAUAGCUCCGGCGGUGAUCAUUCUACAAUACCACGAAGCUGUCAUCUUCCUCCAGAGGCCAUUCAUAUCUGCGCCGGACUCGCCUGGAACAAACCUUUUCGAAGCAAACCAAGCCGACGAUAGUGGCAGCAUUUGCGAUGCUUCUGCGAACGCCAUCUGUCGUCUUGUCGUGAUAUAUCGGCAGCAGUGGAACUUGCGACGCGUCCACGCACAAAUCGUUGCCAUAAUCCUCACGGCUGCUCUCAUUCAUGUUCAUAAUUGCUGCGUAUUUUCGAGUUCCAAAGGGUUGGAGGCGCAUAAACAACUGUCGAUAUGCUUCCAGGCCUUAGGUGAAAUGUCACAUUUCAAUAUGAGUACACGGGCUCUCGAAAUUAUCUUGUCGCUGCGACGGGAUUGGCAAGAACAAAUAUUUCGCGACCUGGGGAGAAAGCGGCUCGGUGGCGAUCUUCAACGGCUAUAUUAG